AUGGGUCCGCCUGGAAUACCGCCUGGCACCAUCGUAUUCGGUCCCAAGGGCAAUUGCUCACUCCCCAUCUGCCCUGUGAAAUAUUCCGUCUACGGCUACCGUCCAUCCCUGGCCGCGAAUUCAGCAUUCAUUGCCCUUUUCGCCGUUGCGGGCGUUAUUCAUCUCUAUCAAGGCAUCCGCUGGAAAUCAUGGAUGUUUAUGGGCAGUAUCAUUAUCGGCUGCGUCUCUGCCAUCCUGGGAUACAUUGGCCGUGUCAUGAUGUACACGAACCCGUUCAACUUUUCAGCCUUUAUGCUUCAAAUCAUCUGCGUCACAACGACUCCCAUCUACUUUUGCGCCGCCAUUUACGUCACACUGGCCCAAGUCAUCACCACAUUCUCACCAGCCCUCUCCCGCUUUAAGCCAAGCUACUUUUACUGGGUUUUUGUCCCUUGCGACUUCCUGUCGCUGGUCAUUCAGGCCGCCGGCGGCGCCUUGUCCGUCGCAUCUGCUGGGACCAGCCAAAUUGGUGUUGAUCUUGCGCUGGCUGGCCUCUCUUUCCAAGUCUUCACCAUUUGCAUUUUCUGCGGCUUCAUGGGCGAGUACAUGUACCGAUACUUCCGAUCCGGCAGGGCCAGGGGCAUGUAUGGUUGGAGAUUGUACACCUUCUUUAUCUUUCUGUCUCUUGCCAUUCUGCUCCUCACUAUUCGUUGCGUGUUCCGUCUGGUCGAGCUGCGCCAGGGCUAUCGCGGGAAAUUAGUCAAGGAAGAAUCGCUCUUCAUUGCGCUUGAGGGAGUGUCAGUCUUUUCCCCAAAUCUUUCCACUUCACUCGUCUCAUACUAUGCUCUUGCUAAUAACGGCGCUCACAAAACAAUAGGCUGGUUUUGGCCUCUGCCUUUGCCCUCAUGCUUGGACACCCAGGCCUCAUCUUCAAGGAGCAUACCAACGGUCACCGUGAAAUCCGGCCGGAUUCCGGAACUAUUCCACUAA